ACUCCGUCCCCUCCCAGGGGGUUUAACUCUCCCCAGCCGGGCCCUGUCCCGCCCCCACCGGGCUGCGCCCCUUCCCCACCGGGGCCGGUGUCGGCCGGGCAAGGGGCCGCUGCAGAAAGAACCGGGAAGGCUUUGACCGACGUUAACAGGGCUCCUCGCCCCGCUGCCGGCCGUCGCUCUGCUCCCUUCCAGGAGCGGAGCCGGUGCUCGGGGAUGGAGUGACCCUGCCUGGGCACCGAGAGGCUUCGGGAGCCCACCGGGAGCCUCCGCCGACCCCGGUAAGGUGAAUGCGGCCCCGCUGAGCACCCGGCUCCUUCCUGCCCUGGCCGAUUCCAGCUCGGGUUGUAAUUACAGGUACUGUGCUCCUAAUUGGCACGUAGGAAGCGAUAGCAUCAUCCUCCUCCCCACAGGGACGAGGUAAUUACUCCUGAGCCCAAUUCGUGCAGCGGGAGCAGCAGCAGGAUUUAUUUUAAAGCUGAACGUGACCACAAAGCAGCCCUGGGGGUCACCGCUGCCACCGCACGGCCGGUUUGCACCUGGCACGGGGGCUUCGUGGGGGAGUUAAGGCAGAAAGAAAACUGAGGGGGGGAAUCCCGGCUCCUCCAGCCCACUCCAGAGAUGGAGCUCCCCGCUGCCACCUUCAUCCGAGGGGUGGGGGACGAGGUGACGGUGGUGGCCGGCAUCGUGGUGCUGGUCCUGGCUCUGGUCCUGGCGUGGCUGUCUACCUACGUCGCUGACAGCAGCAACCAGCUUUUGGGAACGAUCGUCGCGGCGGGGGAUGCGGCCGUCAUCCGGCUCGGCCACGUGGAACAUUAUGUGGGGACGGUGGGGGUGGCCGAAGCCCCAGAGCCCUCCAGGGUCCCCGAAAACGUAGAGGAGAAAACAGAAGAGGAGGGGGGGGCGGCGGCAGGGCCAGUGGUGGAGCAGGGGGACAGCGGCAGCCCCCCCGACCCCAGCCUGGAGCGACUGCUGGACAUCCGGAGCUUGCCCAAACGGACCUCGGCCGCUGAGCCCAGCGCCCUGGGCAGCCAGGGGGGGCUGCCCGCCCCGGGGGAGAGCGACCUGUGCUCCGGCCUCAUCAAGAUCCGGCUCAAAUUCCUUAACGACACAGAGGAGGUGGCUGUGGUCCGGCCUGAGGACACCGUGGGGGGCCUCAAGAGCAAAUACUUCCCAGGCCAGGAGAGCCAGAUGAAGUUCAUUUAUCGUGGGCAGCUGCUGCAGGACCAGGGGCGGACGCUCCGCUCGCUCCACAUCACGGACAACUGCGUCAUCCACUGCCACCGCUCCCGGAGUGCCACCACCGCCACCACCCUGCCCGACCCCAGCGCCGCUGCCCCCGAUGCCGGCAGCCUUCCCCUCGGCGGGGGGAACCUGAUGGUCCCCACCAUCAUGGUGGUGCUGGCGGUCGUCUGGUAUUUCCGUAUCAACUACCGUCAGCUCUUCACCGCCCCAGCCACCGUCUCCUUGAUCGGCCUCACCGUCCUGUUCAGCUUCCUGCUGUUUGGGAUGUACGGACAGUAGGGAACUCGACCGGGAGAUGCCAGGGCCACCCCCCCCCCCCAAGCCUGUCCCCAUGCGGCACUCGGGCAGGCACUGCUUUCUUCACCGCGACGUUAUGGUGACUGGAGCUGGCACGACAAGAGCUUGGCGCAUCCUUCCCAGUCUUGGUGCUGGACUUUGUCCCCCCCAGAAGGGGCUGUGCUCCCCCCCCAGACACUGUCCUCCUCCCUCCUGGCCUCAAGCACAGCUCCAGGGAGGAGCUGGCUCUGGGGCAGGAUCUUGGCCUGGGUGAACGGCAUGGUGGGUACGAGCCCAGGGCCCUGCACCGGAACGGGCUGUGGCUUCCUCCCAGAGACUUUUAAAAGCAAAUAAAAGGUGUAACGUCA